AUGUAUGAGUGGAGGGAAUUUCAAUUAAAGCUCAGAGGAGGCACAGGGGGAUGGGAGGUGGUGGGGGAGACGGGGAGAGUGGGGAGGAGGUGGUUGGGGGGGGGGGGGGGGGGGGGGGGGGGGGGGGGGGGGGGGGGGGGGGGGGGGGGGGGGGGGGGGGGGGGGGGGGGGGGGGGGGGGGGGGGGGGGGGGGGGGGGGGGGGGGGGGGGGGGGGGGGGGGGGGGGGGGGGGGGGGGGGGGGGGGGGGGGGGGGGGGGGGGGGGGGGGGGGGGGGGGGGGGGGGGGGGGGGGGGGGGGGGGGGGGGGGGGGGGGGGGGGGGGGGGGGGGGGGGGGGGGGGGGGGGGGGGGGGGGGGGGGGGGGGGGGGGGGGGGGGGGGGGGGGGGGGGGGGGGGGGGGGGGGGGGGGGGGGGGGGGGGGGGGGGGGGGGGGGGGGGGGGGGGGGGGGGGGGGGGGGGGGGGGGGGGGGGGGGGGGGGGGGGGGGGGGGGGGGGGGGGGGGGGGGGGGGGGGGGGGGGGGGGGGGGGGGGGGGGGGGGGGGGGGGGGGGGGGGGGGGGGGGGGGGGGGGGGGGGGGGGGGGGGGGGGGGGGGGGGGGGGGGGGGGGGGGGGGGGGGGGGGGGGGGGGGGGGGGGGGGGGGGGGGGGGGGGGGGGGGGGGGGGGGGGGGGGGGGGGGGGGGGGGGGGGGGGGGGGGGGGGGGGGGGGGGGGGGGGGGGGGGGGGGGGGGGGGGGGGGGGGGGGGGGGGGGGGGGGGGGGGGGGGGGGGGGGGGGGGGGGGGGGGGGGGGGGGGGGGGGGGGGGGGGGGGGGGGGGGGGGGGGGGGGGGGGGGGGGGGGGGGGGGGGGGGGGGGGGGGGGGGGGGGGGGGGGGGGGGGGGGGGGGGGGGGGGGGGGGGGGGGGGGGGGGGGGGGGGGGGGGGGGGGGGGGGGGGGGGGGGGGGGGGGGGGGGGGGGGGGGGGGGGGGGGGGGGGGGGGGGGGGGGGGGGGGGGGGGGGGGGGGGGGGGGGGGGGGGGGGGGGGGGGGGGGGGGGGGGGGGGGGGGGGGGGGGGGGGGGGGGGGGGGGGGGGGGGGGGGGGGGGGGGGGGGGGGGGGGGGGGGGGGGGGGGGGGGGGGGGGGGGGGGGGGGGGGGGGGGGGGGGGGGGGGGGGGGGGGGGGGGGGGGGGGGGGGGGGGGGGGGGGGGGGGGGGGGGGGGGGGGGGGGGGGGGGGGGGGGGGGGGGGGGGGGGGGGGGGGGGGGGGGGGGGGGGGGGGGGGGGGGGGGGGGGGGGGGGGGGGGGGGGGGGGGGGGGGGGGGGGGGGGGGGGGGGGGGGGGGGGGGGGGGGGGGGGGGGGGGGGGGGGGGGGGGGGGGGGGGGGGGGGGGGGGGGGGGGGGGGGGGGGGGGGGGGGGGGGGGGGGGGGGGGGGGGGGGGGGGGGGGGGGGGGGGGGGGGGGGGGGGGGGGGGGGGGGGGGGGGGGGGGGGGGGGGGGGGGGGGGGGGGGGGGGGGGGGGGGGGGGGGGGGGGGGGGGGGGGGGGGGGGGGGGGGGGGGGGGGGGGGGGGGGGGGGGGGGGGGGGGGGGGGGGGGGGGGGGGGGGGGGGGGGGGGGGGGGGGGGGGGGGGGGGGGGGGGGGGGGGGGGGGGGGGGGGGGGGGGGGGGGGGGGGGGGGGGGGGGGGGGGGGGGGGGGGGGGGGGGGGGGGGGGGGGGGGGGGGGGGGGGGGGGGGGGGGGGGGGGGGGGGGGGGGGGGGGGGGGGGGGGGGGGGGGGGGGGGGGGGGGGGGGGGGGGGGGGGGGGGGGGGGGGGGGGGGGGGGGGGGGGGGGGGGGGGGGGGGGGGGGGGGGGGGGGGGGGGGGGGGGGGGGGGGGGGGGGGGGGGGGGGGGGGGGGGGGGGGGGGGGGGGGGGGGGGGGGGGGGGGGGGGGGGGGGGGGGGGGGGGGGGGGGGGGGGGGGGGGGGGGGGGGGGGGGGGGGGGGGGGGGGGGGGGGGGGGGGGGGGGGGGGGGGGGGGGGGGGGGGGGGGGGGGGGGGGGGGGGGGGGGGGGGGGGGGGGGGGGGGGGGGGGGGGGGGGGGGGGGGGGGGGGGGGGGGGGGGGGGGGGGGGGGGGGGGGGGGGGGGGGGGGGGGGGGGGGGGGGGGGGGGGGGGGGGGGGGGGGGGGGGGGGGGGGGGGGGGGGGGGGGGGGGGGGGGGGGGGGGGGGGGGGGGGGGGGGGGGGGGGGGGGGGGGGGGGGGGGGGGGGGGGGGGGGGGGGGGGGGGGGGGGGGGGGGGGGGGGGGGGGGGGGGGGGGGGGGGGGGGGGGGGGGGGGGGGGGGGGGGGGGGGGGGGGGGGGGGGGGGGGGGGGGGGGGGGGGGGGGGGGGGGGGGGGGGGGGGGGGGGGGGGGGGGGGGGGGGGGGGGGGGGGGGGGGGGGGGGGGGGGGGGGGGGGGGGGGGGGGGGGGGGGGGGGGGGGGGGGGGGGGGGGGGGGGGGGGGGGGGGGGGGGGGGGGGGGGGGGGGGGGGGGGGGGGGGGGGGGGGGGGGGGGGGGGGGGGGGGGGGGGGGGGGGGGGGGGGGGGGGGGGGGGGGGGGGGGGGGGGGGGGGGGGGGGGGGGGGGGGGGGGGGGGGGGGGGGGGGGGGGGGGGGGGGGGGGGGGGGGGGGGGGGGGGGGGGGGGGGGGGGGGGGGGGGGGGGGGGGGGGGGGGGGGGGGGGGGGGGGGGGGGGGGGGGGGGGGGGGGGGGGGGGGGGGGGGGGGGGGGGGGGGGGGGGGGGGGGGGGGGGGGGGGGGGGGGGGGGGGGGGGGGGGGGGGGGGGGGGGGGGGGGGGGGGGGGGGGGGGGGGGGGGGGGGGGGGGGGGGGGGGGGGGGGGGGGGGGGGGGGGGGGGGGGGGGGGGGGGGGGGGGGGGGGGGGGGGGGGGGGGGGGGGGGGGGGGGGGGGGGGGGGGGGGGGGGGGGGGGGGGGGGGGGGGGGGGGGGGGGGGGGGGGGGGGGGGGGGGGGGGGGGGGGGGGGGGGGGGGGGGGGGGGGGGGGGGGGGGGGGGGGGGGGGGGGGGGGGGGGGGGGGGGGGGGGGGGGGGGGGGGGGGGGGGGGGGGGGGGGGGGGGGGGGGGGGGGGGGGGGGGGGGGGGGGGGGGGGGGGGGGGGGGGGGGGGGGGGGGGGGGGGGGGGGGGGGGGGGGGGGGGGGGGGGGGGGGGGGGGGGGGGGGGGGGGGGGGGGGGGGGGGGGGGGGGGGGGGGGGGGGGGGGGGGGGGGGGGGGGGGGGGGGGGGGGGGGGGGGGGGGGGGGGGGGGGGGGGGGGGGGGGGGGGGGGGGGGGGGGGGGGGGGGGGGGGGGGGGGGGGGGGGGGGGGGGGGGGGGGGGGGGGGGGGGGGGGGGGGGGGGGGGGGGGGGGGGGGGGGGGGGGGGGGGGGGGGGGGGGGGGGGGGGGGGGGGGGGGGGGGGGGGGGGGGGGGGGGGGGGGGGGGGGGGGGGGGGGGGGGGGGGGGGGGGGGGGGGGGGGGGGGGGGGGGGGGGGGGGGGGGGGGGGGGGGGGGGGGGGGGGGGGGGGGGGGGGGGGGGGGGGGGGGGGGGGGGGGGGGGGGGGGGGGGGGGGGGGGGGGGGGGGGGGGGGGGGGGGGGGGGGGGGGGGGGGGGGGGGGGGGGGGGGGGGGGGGGGGGGGGGGGGGGGGGGGGGGGGGGGGGGGGGGGGGGGGGGGGGGGGGGGGGGGGGGGGGGGGGGGGGGGGGGGGGGGGGGGGGGGGGGGGGGGGGGGGGGGGGGGGGGGGGGGGGGGGGGGGGGGGGGGGGGGGGGGGGGGGGGGGGGGGGGGGGGGGGGGGGGGGGGGGGGGGGGGGGGGGGGGGGGGGGGGGGGGGGGGGGGGGGGGGGGGGGGGGGGGGGGGGGGGGGGGGGGGGGGGGGGGGGGGGGGGGGGGGGGGGGGGGGGGGGGGGGGGGGGGGGGGGGGGGGGGGGGGGGGGGGGGGGGGGGGGGGGGGGGGGGGGGGGGGGGGGGGGGGGGGGGGGGGGGGGGGGGGGGGGGGGGGGGGGGGGGGGGGGGGGGGGGGGGGGGGGGGGGGGGGGGGGGGGGGGGGGGGGGGGGGGGGGGGGGGGGGGGGGGGGGGGGGGGGGGGGGGGGGGGGGGGGGGGGGGGGGGGGGGGGGGGGGGGGGGGGGGGGGGGGGGGGGGGGGGGGGGGGGGGGGGGGGGGGGGGGGGGGGGGGGGGGGGGGGGGGGGGGGGGGGGGGGGGGGGGGGGGGGGGGGGGGGGGGGGGGGGGGGGGGGGGGGGGGGGGGGGGGGGGGGGGGGGGGGGGGGGGGGGGGGGGGGGGGGGGGGGGGGGGGGGGGGGGGGGGGGGGGGGGGGGGGGGGGGGGGGGGGGGGGGGGGGGGGGGGGGGGGGGGGGGGGGGGGGGGGGGGGGGGGGGGGGGGGGGGGGGGGGGGGGGGGGGGGGGGGGGGGGGGGGGGGGGGGGGGGGGGGGGGGGGGGGGGGGGGGGGGGGGGGGGGGGGGGGGGGGGGGGGGGGGGGGGGGGGGGGGGGGGGGGGGGGGGGGGGGGGGGGGGGGGGGGGGGGGGGGGGGGGGGGGGGGGGGGGGGGGGGGGGGGGGGGGGGGGGGGGGGGGGGGGGGGGGGGGGGGGGGGGGGGGGGGGGGGGGGGGGGGGGGGGGGGGGGGGGGGGGGGGGGGGGGGGGGGGGGGGGGGGGGGGGGGGGGGGGGGGGGGGGGGGGGGGGGGGGGGGGGGGGGGGGGGGGGGGGGGGGGGGGGGGGGGGGGGGGGGGGGGGGGGGGGGGGGGGGGGGGGGGGGGGGGGGGGGGGGGGGGGGGGGGGGGGGGGGGGGGGGGGGGGGGGGGGGGGGGGGGGGGGGGGGGGGGGGGGGGGGGGGGGGGGGGGGGGGGGGGGGGGGGGGGGGGGGGGGGGGGGGGGGGGGGGGGGGGGGGGGGGGGGGGGGGGGGGGGGGGGGGGGGGGGGGGGGGGGGGGGGGGGGGGGGGGGGGGGGGGGGGGGGGGGGGGGGGGGGGGGGGGGGGGGGGGGGGGGGGGGGGGGGGGGGGGGGGGGGGGGGGGGGGGGGGGGGGGGGGGGGGGGGGGGGGGGGGGGGGGGGGGGGGGGGGGGGGGGGGGGGGGGGGGGGGGGGGGGGGGGGGGGGGGGGGGGGGGGGGGGGGGGGGGGGGGGGGGGGGGGGGGGGGGGGGGGGGGGGGGGGGGGGGGGGGGGGGGGGGGGGGGGGGGGGGGGGGGGGGGGGGGGGGGGGGGGGGGGGGGGGGGGGGGGGGGGGGGGGGGGGGGGGGGGGGGGGGGGGGGGGGGGGGGGGGGGGGGGGGGGGGGGGGGGGGGGGGGGGGGGGGGGGGGGGGGGGGGGGGGGGGGGGGGGGGGGGGGGGGGGGGGGGGGGGGGGGGGGGGGGGGGGGGGGGGGGGGGGGGGGGGGGGGGGGGGGGGGGGGGGGGGGGGGGGGGGGGGGGGGGGGGGGGGGGGGGGGGGGGGGGGGGGGGGGGGGGGGGGGGGGGGGGGGGGGGGGGGGGGGGGGGGGGGGGGGGGGGGGGGGGGGGGGGGGGGGGGGGGGGGGGGGGGGGGGGGGGGGGGGGGGGGGGGGGGGGGGGGGGGGGGGGGGGGGGGGGGGGGGGGGGGGGGGGGGGGGGGGGGGGGGGGGGGGGGGGGGGGGGGGGGGGGGGGGGGGGGGGGGGGGGGGGGGGGGGGGGGGGGGGGGGGGGGGGGGGGGGGGGGGGGGGGGGGGGGGGGGGGGGGGGGGGGGGGGGGGGGGGGGGGGGGGGGGGGGGGGGGGGGGGGGGGGGGGGGGGGGGGGGGGGGGGGGGGGGGGGGGGGGGGGGGGGGGGGGGGGGGGGGGGGGGGGGGGGGGGGGGGGGGGGGGGGGGGGGGGGGGGGGGGGGGGGGGGGGGGGGGGGGGGGGGGGGGGGGGGGGGGGGGGGGGGGGGGGGGGGGGGGGGGGGGGGGGGGGGGGGGGGGGGGGGGGGGGGGGGGGGGGGGGGGGGGGGGGGGGGGGGGGGGGGGGGGGGGGGGGGGGGGGGGGGGGGGGGGGGGGGGGGGGGGGGGGGGGGGGGGGGGGGGGGGGGGGGGGGGGGGGGGGGGGGGGGGGGGGGGGGGGGGGGGGGGGGGGGGGGGGGGGGGGGGGGGGGGGGGGGGGGGGGGGGGGGGGGGGGGGGGGGGGGGGGGGGGGGGGGGGGGGAGCUGAACGCCCAGAAGACAGUGGAAAUGAAGGCAAAACACAGCCCCCCCUUAACACCAUCACAUCGUCACCCAGGACCUCAAUUCAUUAAAGAGAUUGAGGAGAUGGGGGGGAUGGCCCAAGCUGUGGCAGAGGGCAUUCCCAAACUGCGCAUUGAGGAGUGCGCUGCUCGCAGACAGGCGCGCAUAGACUCAGAGGUCUUCAUAGGCAGCUGUGGAGAGCUCUAA